AUGCCUUCCAGAAUCGACGAGAACCAGAAGCCCACCGUUGAGGCGGACCUCAACUACCGCCUUGACCCUACUCUGGGCGGGACUGAAGUCAUUUGGGGAGGUGUCUACGGCCAGCUCCGCCGCAAGUACCACAAGAUCCCAGUAACGAUUACCGACGAGCGUGGCUACGAAGACCAGUUCAAGCUCGAUGAGCACGGCUUCCAGCUAGAAUACGCUCCAGGCCCGGGAUUGGAACUCCAUAACGGGGCUGCACCACUGAGGGGAACCAAGUAUGACAAUGACUGCGAGGCGCUGCUGAAGAAAGUCACUGAAUGCUCGCGAGUCUACGUCAUCAGCACUUUGACCCGUCGACGUGGCUAUGAUGAGACCAGAAUCAAUGGCGAAGACCAAGACAAGCCAGACAUGGAGAUGACACCCGGCAACGCUUCUGCACGUUUCGUGCACAUCGACCAGUCAUACUCCGGAGCCCGGAAGAGGCUCUAUCUCGACAUGGGCGCCGAGGAGGCCAAGAAGAUGGAGAAGACCCGCUGGCAAGUGAACAACGAGCCACUGGGUCUGUGUGAUGCUCGCUCCGUCACUGAAGAACAGCUUCACGACACUAUUCACCUCGUUCCUGUGAAGUGGCCGGCGACACCUCCAGAGAACAAGAUGUGGCAGGUCGCUCCACCUGACUAUCCUGGUCAGCACAAAUGGCAUUACUUCUCGAAGAUGCAGCCGGAGGAGUGCUUGAUCAUGAAGAUGUUCGACUCUAAGAAGACAGGCGUUGCGAGACGUCUGGCGCAUUCCGCUUUCCCUACUCCGCACGACUUUGGCCCACCGAGACGCAGCGUGGAGACAAGGUGCUUCUGCUUCUGGGAGGAUGAGUCCGCAGACUAG